AUGGAAAACAUUGUACCAACAAAUAUACUGAUUCUGUUUUCUCGAUGGAAACUAUUACAAACUCUCCUCUAUUUUUCUUCCCCAUCAACUUCCAAGCUCUUCAUCAAUGGCAUCAACCUAGAAAACGCUGCUUCAAUUUCAAUAUUCCGAUCAGGGUUAGUCGGUAUUGAACUGGGUAAUUGUCCAAUUUAAUAAUAUUUGAAAUCUUGUCAUUUUUGUUUAAGGGUGAUCAAUUUGCGAUUAGGGUAGUCAAAUUUUUGAUACUAGAGGGAUGGAGGCUAAACUUCUCCAAAGCAUUCAACCUUGCAAAUGGGCGGAUACCGAAAAUUCUAGGGUCCGGAUGAUGUUCAUGAAUGCACAAUCAAAUAAGAGAGUUUUGGCUCUUCCUAAACGGUAUCGACCGAAGGUUUUCAGUUGCUUGAAGAACUCCCCGGGUUCUGUGUUGGAGUCUGGUGGCUUUCCUGCUUCAGAGUCCUUGGUUUUGAAGAAAAAGUCAGCAGAGAUAGAGAAUUAUCUGAAUGGACGCUGCAUUUUCCUUGUUGGUAUGAUGGGCUCUGGAAAAACAACUAUUGGCAGGACUUUGUCUGAAGCACUUGAUUAUUCAUUUUCUGAUAGUGACUUAUUGGUGGAGCAGAAAGUGGGGGGAACGUCUGUUGCUGAAAUCUUCAAGCAACACGGGGAAGGCUUUUUUAGAGACAAAGAGACUGAGGUGUUAAAGGACCUAUCUAUGAUGCAUCGGUUUGUUGUUUCCACUGGUGGAGGGGCUGUUAUAAGGCCCAUCAAUUGGAAACAUAUGCGAAGUGGUAUUAGUGUUUGGUUAGAUGUACCGUUGGAGUGCUUAGCACGGAGGAUUUCAGCAGUUGGGACCGGCUCUCGUCCUCUGCUGCAUGGAAAAUCAGGGGAUGCUUACUCUCAGGCUUUGACACGCUUGUCCUCACUACUAGAAGAGAGGGGUGAAGCAUAUUCUAAUGCUAACACCCAUGUUUCUUUGGAACACAUCGCAUCGAAACUAGGGUAUGUAAAUGUAGACAAUCUUAGUCCAACUGUUAUUGCAAUCGAGGUGCUUGUUCAAAUUGAGAGCUUUCUCAAAGGAUGAUGGCUUUGCCGUAUAUCACCUACAUUUAAGUAUGCAGUAUGCUUCUGUACAUGUUUUUUCAGUGUUGUAUCUUUAGUUCAUUGCAUUAGUGAGUUUAGCAACGGCGUGCUUUAAUAUGUGGCAUUUUGUUCGAGUGUAAUACCAUUUUUUGUUCCCGUGUAAUGCACGAUAUGUUCGAGGUUUGGUCAUGGAUAUUUAGUAUAGGCUUACUGUAUAUUUUGUUCUACUAUUAAGAGAUUUGAACUGUUGUGAGCGCAACAUAAGUUUCAGAAUUGUGGCCUUGCAAGUCGAUACGAUAUAACUGUGAUUGUAUGAUGAAUUCCUAAAUUAUUUAUACUCUAGGAAAUAUAUUAGAAUAUAUUAGUUUC